GGCACAGUGCCCGUAAUUUGAUCCCUAAUCAACGACUUUAUUUGCACGUAAAUGCAUGAUUUUCCGUGGAAGAGAUUCCAUACAUUUGGGUCUAUCUUCAUAUUUUUGAAAUUCUCCUUUCUCAAUCAUCAAUUCCAUUAUAUCCAUCUGCUCCUACACAAGAACAAACAAACUCACUUUCCCCAACUUCCUUUACUUUAUUCGUAUCUCAUAGUUCAUACCAUAAUAUAUACACUUCCUCUUCCCCCCACCUUCUCAAUUCAAUUCCUUGCUUCUAACCAACUACGCACGUACAAUGUCCAGUCCUCCACCCGACUCCUCCUCCUCCCGGAGCUCCACUAGUUGGCUGACUGGCCUCAUCCGGAGCUUAUUCUCCUACAACAGUAACAUCCUCCUCGCCGCCCUCGUCUCCCUCCUCCUCGUCAUCCUCUUCGUCCUGCUCCUCCACCUCUACGCCAAAUGGUUCUUAGCCCAAUCCCGCCGCCGCCGUAGGCGAAGAAGGCCCGCUUCGUCGUCUUCUCGACGACUCGUCCGCCCACCCCGCCCCUACCAUUCCAACACAUUCACAUUCCAUCUUGACAACACGAGCAAUAGCACCACCGGUAGCACUACUCUGCCUUCUCCCUCCAAGGGCGGUCUCGACCGCUCCCUCAUAGCUUCUAUCCCUCUCUUCGUGUACAAACCCUCCUCUGUCACGGCUGCCGACUGUGUGAUAUGCCUGAGUCCCUUCGAGGACGAUGACAUUGGGAGAAACCUGCCCAAGUGUGGGCACGCCUUCCAUGUGGAGUGCAUAGACAUGUGGUUGCAGUCCCAUUCGACUUGCCCGGUUUGCCGAGCUCCAGCCGCGGUUGAGAAGGCGGCGGCAUCGGUCGACGAUGAUAAUUCCAAUGUGGCGAAUGGAGAUGAACAGGUAAUUUUGGGCCGGGAGACCUUUACGGGUUUGUCCGAGCCGGAGUCUGGUGAUUUGGGUUUGACAAAUAUUGUUGGCGUUGAUCACCCACUGCAGCAGCCCCAGGAAGCCAUAGUUCUUGAGAAUGUGGAUACCCAAAUUGAUCUAGUAGUGAACAGUGAUGAUCAUGAGGAUUCUUUAUCAGCAUCAGCAUCUUCAUUGUCGUCUUCGUCGGAUUUGGGUUGGGGAUCAUCUUCGUUGGGUUGUUCGCUGAAGAGGAUGCUGAGCAAGAGUAGAUCGGAGAGGAAGGUUUAUCCCUCAGUUUCUGAUGUUGUCAGCGAAUUGGAAGUUUUUAAUUAAAUGGGUUAGUGCGAUCACCAUUGUGCAUGCAUGCUUCACUGGUUUUGCUUUGCUUUGCAAUGGCCCUUAUCUUGUACAAAAAUUAAUUUCACACACUUGCGCACUGAGGUCCUAAGUUGAUUCAAACAAUGCUCUGAGAGAGAGAGAGAGAGAGAGAGAGAGAGAGAUUCAUUUUGAUGGUGAUGGGAUGUAAAUUGUUUGUAUAGAGCUUUCAUAAGAAAGGUGCGGCGAUCUUUCAAUGAAUUCUUAUUUGACCUGGCAGGGCCGAGCUUGAAUCA